AUGCUCAAAGAUGCUGGAGGACUUGAUUUCUCCACAUUGGCGCAAUUCCAGCAAGCUAUGGGCGAAGACGAGGGCCUUGCGUUGCAAAAUGAGCUCCGAGAGCAGAUCGAAGAGCAAAGGGCGAGCCUUCGGAUGGUUAAAGACGCCAAUGAUGCUGUUCCCAGUGACGAAUUGUCACAGAUGUUGGCGGACCUGGUGGCGUCUAUUCACACCAUGGAGAGCAGCCUGGCCCAGCUCUCAGCGACCACCGGUGCGAAUACGGUCCUCCACACCGCUGCUCCCAACCCCGGGACAUUCCCCGAAAGUCAAGGCAAUCAACACGAUCAAAAUGCAUUUUGGGAACUGAACGUAGAUCGCAGUAUGAGAUCUGCAGCAGCUAGGAAAGUCAUCGACCUUGAAGCACCGAAUAAACCUGAAGCACCAUUAGAGUUUGAUAGUUGUCGAGAAAAAGCGGCACCGGAAGAAGCGGGGUUCUCAGGAAGAGAGAUAGUUGAGUGGGCUGGGUUCAAGUUAGGCAAUCGGUGCCGGUUUAGGGGGCAGGACAGGCGAUGGCACAAUGGGGUUAUCUUGGAGUUUAGACACCCACAGUCGGUGAACGGGUCUCCGUCCAGGCGCUCGACGGUGGGGGCGCUCGUUGCGUAUCUCACUCCAACGACGGUGCAAACGAAGCUGUGCUCGUUCUUUGCGCAACGGCGGUGUCGCUUUGGGGAUGAUUGCCGGAGCUUUCACGGCUUCAGUGUGCGGGCUCAUAGGCUGAGACCAUACCAACCGCCAGACCCGGGCACUUUGUUGCCAGGAGAACGGGUGUUGGCUUUACGAAACGACACAGGACUGUGGGAGCCUGCAGAAAUCGAGAAGAUUGAAGGGGCUGGCGAAACCGUGGGGCUACAGAUUGCUUUCGUCCGUGAUGGCAAACGUGCAAGCGCCGGAUUCGAAGCCAUCGAAAGUCCGUCCGUCCCUACUCCGGAAGGCGCGUCCAGCGACAGCGACUCGGAAGCAGGCGUUUCUGGGAGCGCCGGAGACGCUGACCUCAGCGGGGACGAGGAAGAGAGCCCCCGGGGGGGCCUUGGCGACAGCGAGACGUCAGCAGGGGUGACGUCACGUGGGGUGGACUGCCGGGCCGACGCCGCCCUGAUGACGUCAGCGGGGAUUCAGGGUGAGGUUCGGUUGCUGGCGGGGUGGGAGGAACACACUCGGGGGGUGGCCAGCAAAAUGAUGGCGAGCAUGGGGUUUGUGGCCGGGCGCGGGUUAGGUCGGGAUAACCAGGGGAUGGUUAACCCGCUGCCGGUGAAAGUGCUGCCGAAAAACGCGUCGUUGGACUUUGUUGGGGGGGAGCAGAACGGGGAGAAGGAGGGGGGGAGGAAGAAGAGCCGCGGCGGGGAGAAGAGCCGGAAACGGAAGGCCGCGCAGGCCGCCAGGGUUGCGCGCGCAGAGGACGGCUCGGAGGACGACAUGUUCAGCUUGAUCAACAAACAGCUGGCGGCGCCUCCCGCUGCGGCGUUGGGGAAGACGGCCGAGCACACGCGGAAGGUGAAAAGCGGUUCUUCUGCCGGUAGCGAUCGGCAGAAGCUACUGGCCCAGGGGGAAGAUGUCGAGGAGCUGCGGAAGCGGAUCGCCAAGCUGCAGGAGAUGGCGGACCGGAACCGGAAAGACCGGACGGUGUCUGCGGCCGUCCAACGGAAGUUGGAAGAGACCCGGAACGCGCUUGCGACUGCAGAGGCGGCACACGAGAGCGCACAUCGAGAGAUCCAUGAAAAGGAGAGGCACAAGAAGCUGCUGAAAUGGUGACAAGAAUGCGGAAACAGGCCCGUCUUAGUCAUGGAGCUUGGAAAGGGUGACAUCUCAGAACCGAUUCUUGUUCGUUCAAGCGUAUGUUGAUUUGGUAUGGUUGUCGACAGUGGCAGUCUGAUUCUGAUGGCCGUAGCUGGUUAAGGCGGCAGAUGCAGACCAGAAUCCGGUCCAUGGAUGUGUUCAUGGCUGUUUCGUCAGAAAUUGGUGUACCAAAGUAAUGCAGGCUGCUGCAACUGCUCGGCCUCGUCCAACU